AUGGAUCCGCGAAAACCUAUGUACCGAUUGCCAGACUUUACACGAAGACCGGCAUCAGAGAGACAGCCGACACCAUUUGCUCCAAUGCGGCCAAUAGUGAUGCGACCAAUAUUGCCUGAAGGAGCCGAACACUAUUUUCGACCGCCGACGACCCGCGGAAUGCGACCGCUGGGCGAAGUGAGACAACAAUCCUCUAGAUUGCCGACUCCAACGCUUCGGAGGACACAAUCGUUGCCAACUGGGUUGUCCAGAAUGGGUAGUGACGAACCAUUCAGUUCAGAUUGGCCUUCACCUCCUGGAUCGCCAACGCCUCCGCAUUCGCCACGACGAUCACCAACAGGUUCACCAACACGACGAUUUAUUUCCACGCCAUUCAAGCCAUCAGAGUCAGCGCCGCGAAGAGCACUGAGACCUCUAACAUUUAUGGAGCAGCCAAUCGACAGCGAAAGUACGUCUGAAGACGAAGACAAUAACAAAUCAUUGAUUGGUCGCCCGGUUUCUCCAAAACGCAGUUCAAGUAGUUCUAGUUUUGAUGUAGAAUUGGGAUCAAUCGACAAUAGGGCGCCAUCGCCAAGUUGGUCUUCACCGUCCGGAUCACGACAAGCGUCGCCACAACGAUCAUCUUCCAGAUCACCACCACGUGAUGCGCCACAACAAUCUCAUUCGGAGCCAACACAGCCAACGAGGCGAAGACCACUGAGACCUCUGACAUUUAUGGAACCGAGACUCGAUUUGGACAGCGAAAGUACGUCUGAAGACGAAGACAAUAACAGCUCAUUGAUUGGUCGCCCGGUUCCUCCAAAAUACAGUUCGAGCAGUUCUAGUAUAGAUGAAAAGAGGGAAUCAUUCAGAAAUAGUACGCCAUCGCCACCCGAUUCUUUAAACUACAUCAGCAGUAGUAGUGAAGGGAGUCUGACUCCAUCGUCGUCGUUGACAUCCUUGACUUCCCGGUCAUCAUAUUCGCCAUCAAAUUCUUUUGGGUCGUACAACAGCAGCAGUAGUGGCAGAAGUCUGACUCCAUCGUCCAACUCAUCGUCGUUGACAUCAGUGACUUCUCUCUCUGGAUUAUCAUCAAUACGGUCAACGCCCACUACGUCGAGAAGUCGAUCGAGAAUCAGUUCCAACACAUCUAUUCAACGCAUCGAACCGAUACCAGAUAUGUCAUCUUUUGAUCGGAUCAAUCAGUUUGAAUCAUCGAAUCGCCGAUCCUAUCCAAUGCCAGACGCAUUGCCGCGAGACCGGGGUUACUAUGCUGGUCGUCAGUUUGAAUCGACUGAAUCGCGUCAAUCGCCGUUUUCCCCAAGUGGUCAGUCGUCGAGAAGUUCCAGAGCUGGUGGUUUCAGAAACACUUUACGACGCUUUGGUUCGGCUAUUAGAACUCCGUUUAGACGAAGACGUGGUACAUAUGAUAUCAACAGUGAUAGUCAACAACAACAGAAAAGAAUGAGUUAUCUGAAUGAAGAAGAAGAAGAAGGAUCACCAAAAGGUAAUGUUCCGUUGUGUGGAUGCGGACACACAUACAAUGAUUGUAAAUGCAGACUCAUCUGA